UCCCCGGAGGUUCCUCCUGCACGAUGACUUAACACGAUCGGGUUGUCAACGCUCCGCAAGCGGGCCGUUCUAGAAUCUGCGCCUCUCUUGACUAUGUAUAUCUAGCUCACCCUUCGCAAAACCCCCACCCCCCACCUUCACCGGUCUGGCUUAUCCUUCACGAACGUGCAAUCAGUUGAUCUAUAUUCAAGAUUAAUAUUGGUGGCUUAUCUGCAAAGAUAAAGGACCAAGCACCUGACGUGGGCCUCUUGGACACCAGAGGCAUCCGCCAUACCUUCGAGCACCCCUUUUCGCUCGUCGGGGUGCUUGUCACCAUCACGGUCAACCUACGCAAUCCCAGAUCCUGAUAGGCAAUCUGUGUUCCCAACAUGUCGUUUGUCGCUACAGCCAACACCAACGCCGGCCGCGCGCAGGAUGUGGUCAGUCACAACUUGCCUUCACAACAUGGAGGACCGACCUACCAUGACGACCAGCCGUCAGGAGCAGAGAACCUCGACCAUGAAGCCAGUGAAGACGAUGCCACACUUCAAGGACGAGAUGAGAAGAUGGAGGCUCGGGUCGGGGAUCUCGCCCGGCGCCUGACCCGGCAGUCGACUCGCUACUCGACGAAAGCCGACCUCGAGAAUCCCUUCGUCAAUACCGACCCUGAGUCGACGCUGAAUCCGCACAGUCCAAACUUCCGAGUCAGGGAUUGGAUCAAGAUGCUCCUCGCCAUUCGUACGCGGGAUCCCGAGCGCUACCCCGACCGAACUGCCGGUGUGGCUUUCAAGAACUUGAGCGUUCACGGCUACGGCUCACCCACCGACUACCAAAAGGAUGUCCUCAAUUCGCUGCUGGAAUUCGGAACCAUGUUCCGCAAGCUCAUUGGUGCCAAGAUGCAGAAGAUUCAGAUUCUGCGAGAUUUCGACGGGCUGGUCAAAUCCGGCGAGAUGCUGGUGGUGCUUGGCCGACCGGGUUCGGGCUGUACGACCUUCCUCAAGACCAUCACGGGAGAGAUGAAUGGAAUCGAGAUGUCCGAAGAAUCGGUGCUCAAUUACCAGGGGAUCCCGGCAAAGGAGAUGCACAACGCGUUCAGGGGCGAAGCCAUCUACAAUGCCGAGACCGACGUUCACUUCCCGCAGCUGAGUGUGGGUGACACUCUCCAAUUUGCGGCCCAGGCUAGAGCCCCCCGAAACCGACUAGAAGGCGUCAGCCGACAACAGUACGCGAAGCAUAUGAGAGACGUGGUCAUGGCGAUGCUGGGUCUUUCUCACACGAUCAAUACCCGUGUCGGCAACGACUUCGUGCGUGGGGUGAGUGGUGGUGAGAGAAAGCGGGUCAGUAUCGCGGAGGCUAUGCUGAGCCAGGCACCCCUGCAAGCAUGGGAUAACAGUACCCGAGGAUUGGAUUCCGCGAAUGCGCUGGAAUUCUGCAAGAAUCUCGCCUUGAUGAGCAAGUAUACCGGCAUGGCGGCCUGUGUUGCGAUUUACCAAGCGCCUCAAAGCGCAUACGACGUCUUUCAGAAGGUGACUGUGCUCUAUGAGGGACGACAGAUCUAUUUCGGACCCACCACCGAAGCAAAGCAAUUCUUUGUGGAUAUGGGCUUCGAGUGCCCCGAUCGCCAGACCACAGCCGACUUCCUCACUUCCCUGACGUCGCCAUCGGAAAGACAGGUUCGCCCGGGUUUUGAGAACCGCGUGCCCCGCACUCCGGAUGAAUUCGCAGCGGCCUGGAAGCAGAGUCGCGCCCGAGCGGCGCUGUUGCAGGAAAUCGACGAGUUUGAAAGCCAAUAUCCCAUUCACGGUUCAUCGUACGAUGCCUUUGUGGACGCGCGACGGGCAAUGCAGGCGAAGCAUCAACGUUUGAAAUCGCCGUAUACCAUUUCGGUCUGGGAACAGAUUUCUCUCUGCACGACCCGUGGCUUCCAAAGACUGAAGGGCGAUAUGAGUUUGACUUUGUCCGCCCUGAUUGGAAACUUCAUCAUCGCAUUGAUCGUGGCCUCCGUCUUCUUCAAUCUGGCGGAUGACACCUCCAGUUUCUACUCACGCUGCGCCUUGCUGUUCUAUGCGGUUCUGCUCAAUGCCUUCUCCAGCGCCCUCGAAAUUCUGACUCUGUACGCUCAACGUCCCAUUGUGGAGAAACAAGCACGAUAUGCAUUUUACCACCCCUUCGCCGAAGCCGUCGCUUCCAUGCUGUGCGAUACACCCUACAAGCUGCUCAACUCGAUCACGUUCAACUUGCCUCUCUACUUCAUGACCAAUCUGCGUCGCGAUGCCGGAGCGGUGUUCACCUUCUGGCUGUUCUCGGUGGUCACCACCUACACCAUGAGUAUGGUGUUCAGAACGAUCGCGGCCACGUCGCGCUCCCUCUCCCAAGCCCUGGUGCCCGCUGCGAUCCUCAUUCUUGGUAUGGUCAUCUACACCGGUUUCGUCAUUCCCACUCGGAACAUGCUUGGGUGGUCUCGUUGGAUGAACUAUAUCGACCCCGUUGCCUACGCAUUCGAAUCCUUCCUCAUCAACGAAUUCUCCGGCCGGGUAUUCGAGUGUUCGAAUAUCGUUCCAUCGGGAGGCUCCUACGACUCCGUAUCCAUGGACUAUCGCAUUUGCUCCACGGUCGGCUCCACGGCCGGAUCGACCGUCGUGUCAGGGACGGCUUAUCUCCAGGAAAGUUACAAUUACACCACCGGCCAUGAAUGGCGGAAUCUCGGCAUCCUGAUCGGCUUCAUGUGCUUCUUUUGUUUUACCUACCUGGUCAGCACGGAAUACAUCUCCGAACAGAAGUCGAAGGGAGAGGUGCUCUUGUUCCGUCGAGGCCAUCGGUCCAGUGUUCCUGCAGUCGGGGACGCCGAGGCCCUCCCCGGUCCCGGUGGCGCCGUCCAGACUGAGGCCGGCGGCGAUCGAGCAGACGUCAAGAUCCAGAAACAGACCGCAAUCUUCCAUUGGGAGGAUGUGUGCUAUGAUAUCACCAUCAAAGGUGAAAACCGAAGGAUUCUGGAUCAUGUCGAUGGUUGGGUUAAGCCGGGAACGUGCACUGCGUUGAUGGGUGUCUCGGGAGCCGGUAAGACCACCUUGUUGGAUGUCCUGGCCACUCGGGUCACGAUGGGCGUCGUCACGGGCGAUAUGCUGGUGGAUGGCAAGCCCCGCGAUCAAUCCUUCCAGAGAAAAACCGGUUAUGUGCAGCAACAGGAUGUGCAUCUUUCGACCUCGACGGUUCGUGAAGCCCUUCAGUUCAGUGCCUUGCUGCGUCAGCCCGCGCACCUCAGUCGGCAGGAGAAAUUGGAUUACGUUGACGAGGUCAUCAAGCUGCUGGGAAUGGAGACCUACGCCGAUGCGGUCGUGGGUGUGCCCGGAGAAGGCUUGAACGUGGAGCAACGCAAGCGCUUGACCAUUGGUGUUGAACUUGCAGCGAAGCCCCAGCUCUUGCUCUUCCUGGAUGAACCGACCUCAGGUCUCGAUAGUCAGACCUCGUGGUCGAUCUUGGAUCUCAUCGACACCCUGACGCAGCAUGGACAAGCCAUCCUUUGCACCAUUCACCAACCCUCUGCCAUGCUCUUCCAGCGGUUUGAUCGCCUUCUCUUCCUCGCUAAAGGCGGCAAAACAAUCUACUUUGGCGACAUCGGCGAGAACUCGACGACCCUGUCGAAUUACUUCGAGAGAAACGGAGCGCACACCCUCAAGAACGGGGAGAACCCUGCCGAAUGGAUGCUUGAAGUCAUUGGCGCUGCGCCGGGAUCCAAGACGGAUAUUGACUGGCACAAGGUGUGGAGGGAGUCCCCCGAGUACACCGGAGUCAAGCAGCACCUCUCUGAGCUUCGAUCUACCCUCUCCGCCAACCCCAAGGACGACUCCGAUCCCGCCGCUCUGCAGGAAUUUGCUGCUCCGUUCCACAUCCAGCUUUACGAAUGUCUUGUCCGUGUGUUUGCGCAAUACUACCGCACUCCGACCUAUAUUUGGAGUAAAGCGGCUCUCUCGGUCCUGACCGCGCUCUACAUUGGUUUCUCUUUCUUCCACGCCAGCAAUUCACUCCAAGGCAUGCAAAACCAGAUGUUUUCCAUCUUCAUGCUCAUGACCAUCUUCGGCAACCUCUGUCAGCAAAUCAUGCCCCACUUCUGUGCCCAACGGUCGCUGUAUGAAGUCAGGGAACGGCCCUCGAAGACCUACUCGUGGCAGGCGUUCAUGACCGCUAACAUCCUGGUCGAACUCCCCUGGAAUACCUUGAUGGCGGUGCUGAUGUUCGUCUGUUGGUACUAUCCCAUCGGCAUGUACAACAAUGCGAAGCCCACCCACGCCGUCAACGAGCGCUCGGCGCUGAUGUUCCUUCUGAUCUGGGUCUUCCUCCUCUUCACGUCCACAUUCGCCCAUAUGGUCAUUGCCGGCAUUGAGCUGGCUGAAACCGGUGGUAACAUCGCGACGCUGUUGUUCUCCCUCUGUUUGAUCUUCUGCGGUGUGUUGGCCACCCCGGACGAGAUGCCUGGAUUCUGGAUCUUCAUGUACCGCGUGUCCCCAUUCACAUACUUAAUCUCAGCCAUGCUGAGCACCGGUAUCUCCGGGACGACCGCGGUUUGCGAGGCCGUUGAGUACUUGACCUUCGACCCGCCCAACAAUGAAACCUGCGCGGAAUACAUGCAGGCGUACAUCAGCACGGCCGGUGGCUACCUGCAAGAUCCCUCCGCCACAUCCAACUGUCAAUUCUGUACGAUUAGCGAUACGGAUACUUUCCUCGCCUCCGUGGUCAGCUAUUACAAGGAUGCGUGGCGGAACUUUGGCCUGAUGUGGGUCUAUAUCGCCUUCAACAUUGUGGCGGCGGUGGGCAUUUACUGGUUGGCUCGAGUUCCCAAGUCGACGAAAAAGGCUAAGAAGGAGUGAUCGGACUUCGUUCCCCUUGGCUCGCAUUUGUUGUUACAU